AUGGAAAGUAGUGGGAAGCGUGAAGGUGUGAAGAUAGUUCAGAUUGAAACCAGGUACGUCCAAACCGAUGCUAUGAACUUCAGAGACGUGGUUCAGAGUCUCACGGGGAAGAACUCAUCCACGGCGUGGGUAGGGGACGGCUCGAAGAAAUUGCCACUCGCUGCUUCGCUGAAAUCAGACGAUGAGUUUCAGUUUCACGAUCACGGGUCACGUGACGAUGAUCGGAGCAGUAAAAGAGAUGAUUCUCUGUCUUCCAAGACACUCAGCAAGAAUACGACGACGUCUUUUAAAGAUUUCGAUAGGUUGCUGUACGAGUUUCCUCGCACGGAGGAUCUUCCGUGGCUU